AUGGACCACAAAGAGGAGAAAUCAAAUGUGUCUGAGUAUGAAGGGAAGGCCUCAUUCCAGGCAUCUGUCUUCAACCUGAGCAAUACCAUCACGGGUAGCAGCAUCCUAGGCAUGGCCUAUGCCAUGAGCAACACUGGGCUGGUCCUCUUCACAUGGCUGCUGGUCGCCAUUGCUGUCGUCUUGUCCUACUCCGUACACCUGCUGCUGACCUGCGCUGGGAUCAUGAGGGAAGCAGGGGAGACAGAUUCUGACCUUUGAUCCCCUGAACCCUAACCUUCCCCAGGUAUCUGGGCCUAUGAGCAGCUGGGGCUCCGUGCCUUUGGCCCUGGGGGCAAGGUGCUAGCUGCAGUUAUUGUCUCUGUGCACAACCUUGGAGCCAUGUCAAGCUACCUGUACACCACCAAGUACAAGCUGCCCCUCGUCAUCCAGACCUUCCUGGACCUGAGUGAGGACACGGGGGCCUGGUACCUGGAUGGGAAUGUGCUCAUCGUGGGUAUCAUCACCAGCAUUGUCUUGCCCCUUGUGCUCAUGAGGCACCCCGGGUACCUGGGCUGCACCUCUGGCCUCUCUCUCACUUGCAUGGUUUUCUUUCUCUGCUUGGUGAUCUACAAGAAGUUUCAGAAUGACUGUCCCCUCAAUGGGCCCCUGGUGCCCCCCAGCCCGGCCUGCACACCCCAGUACCUCACGCUGCGCUCUGAGACAGCCUACACCACCACCAUCCUUGCCUUCACCUUUGUCUGCCACCCUGAGGUCCUGCCCAUCUACACUGAGCUGCACAGGCCGUCACAGCAGGGGAUGCAGCGGGUGGCCAAUAUCUCCAUCCUGGCCAUGCUCAUUAUGUGCUUGCUCAUGGCCACCUUUGACUACCUCACCUUUUAUGGGGCAGUGGAGCCAUAGCUGCUGCAGAACUACCAGCAUGUGGAGCCUGGGGACUGGCUGGUGUUGAGCGUGCGCCUAAUCGUGCUGCUGGCUGUCAUCCUCACACUGCCAGUUGUGCUCUUCACGGUUCUGGCUGUGCUGCAGCUGCUGUUCCCACAGUGGGGUUUCAGCUGGGGGCGCCAUGUGGCCAUGGCUGUGGCCCUGCUGGCAGCUGUCAACCUGCUUGUCAUCUUCGUUCCCAACAUCCAUGACAUUUUUGGCAUCAUUGGUAGGUUGUGGGCCCCCAGCCUCAUCUUCAUCCUGCCCAGUAUCUUCUACAUCCGCCUUGUGCCCCCAGAGAAGGUGCCACUGUGCUCCCAGGCCAAGAUACAGGCUGCUGCCUUUGCCAUGCUGGGCAUUGCCUUUAUGCUUUCCUCUCUCAGCUUUAUUGCCCUGGACUGGGCCCAGGGUGGCAGCGGUGCCCUGGGGGGGGCACUGCUCCCCCCUCAAUUGUCAUGGACGCAACCCCAUCACCAUGGAGACACCUACCCCCACUGCUGCUGCCACACCUGGUCCCUAUGGCAACAGGCAUCGCUAGCAGUUUCCAUGACACAGAAGACCUCCCCAUCGGGUUUCUGUAGCAAUGGGCAUCCUCAGUGGUUUCCGUGGUAACGGACACACAUCUGUUCUUUGGCAAAAGACAUCCUACUGGUUUCCAGGCACCCCUUAAGCGAUUUCCAGUGCAACAGGCACCAGUUUCUAGGGCACCCCCCCCCAGGGGUUCCCAAGGCAAAAGUGUCCCCCCUUCUACUGGCAGUUUCCAAGGCAGUUCUUGGGGGUGUUCUGGGGGGUCAUCCUUUGCUCCUCACAAACUUAAGACCUGUUGUUUGCCAUAGGACUAGCUUCUGCGGCAAUGAUGCUGGGAUGAGGAUGGGGCCUGUGCUGUUGCUGUAAUGACUGUAACUAGGGCAGAAAAUCCUACUUCCAGCUCCUGGGGUCACAGUGGAAAACUGGCCUGGGGAGGAAGGAGGUGGGGUCAGGGCCAGGCCCCUCCCCACCCAAAGGACCCUGGUGGAGGUUGUGUGGGGAGGAAAGAGGGGACCAAUUAAUUGAUAGCACUUGAUUAAGAGCCAGCUGGAAGCCUGUGUCCCCUCCAAGCCUGGGAUAGGAUGCCUUGUUUCCACAGCCUGUUCUCCUCCACUUACCCUGGGGAGGUGGUGGUGAUGUAAUUAGAAUCUCAAUAAAGGCAAAAUGGAGACUCCAGAGCUGGGUUUUUUCUGUGGGGGAGGAGGGGCCGGGAGUGUUGGGGGGAAACAUACUGCCCCUUCCCCACCUUCUGCCUCGGUCUUCCCAGAGCCUGUGCCAAUGCCCCUCAACCCCAACCCAGAGCUUUUCAUCAUAGUCCCAUCACGCCUUUUAACCCUGACCUGCAGCCCCACCCCAACA